AUGGAAAUUUUAACUCCUGAAAUCAAUAAUCUGCAAGAGUGCAACCCUUGUAAAAAUGAGAUCAAGCUUGAAGAGAUUGACAAAUCUGACACGCAAAGUGAAGAAAUCAAAGAAAACAUGCAUCCUGUGGCUCAACAGUCAUCCAGUGACGUGCCAGAUGAGGAGCCUUCAAUUGUGUAUUCUGUAACAGAAAUACAAAGUACAGAAAGAGAUGACAAGAAGUUGCUCAGGCAGGAUGGAAGGUUACAGGGUAACAACUUGGUAAAUGAGUCACAUGUAGAAUUUGAAGCUUUAGAGGCAGUCACACCAAACAUAACCACAGAUAAAAACAGCCCGGAACAAAAUAUUGAAGUCGUGUUCAGUGCUGAGCAGGAAACAUUUUCAUCAUCAAAAGAGAAGUUGACUGCAAAUGAGGAUCCUUGUAGCUUAUCUGAAGUUAGAGAAGCAUGGCAAUCAGAAGGUGCUAUGAAUAAAAUACAUGAAGUGAACAUUAAGCCCAUAGAAAUACAGGACAUGUACCAAAAUCAGUACUCCUCUAAAAUUCAGGGUAUUGAUGUCACGGAAAAUGCUGUUACUCGCUCUGGAAACCCAGAAGACCAAACUGAAAUGAAGGAUACUCACUCGUCUGACAUGAAAGUGAAAAACAAUGUAUUUCACACAGAGCAGGACAAUGUUAAUGAAAAACAAUAUGCAUAUCCUGCAAAUAACAGACAUCCGGAGGGCUUACAGAACGAAAAUGAGGAUAAUCAGAUGUAUGAUUCCAAGCAACAAGUGAUCACUGACAUAGCAGUUAGUUGGUUGGUAGCCACUGAAAUCAGCAAUACUAACAAGUCUCAAGUCAUGGUGCAAACUGUUGAUGAAUCUGUGUCAAAUAAUUACAUACUAAGUCAGCAUCAUAGAAAAGAAGGACAUUUAGAAACUCUAACUGAGGAAAAUGAGGACAGUGAUGUUGAUAUGAGCAAUGGUUCAGUACAAACUAUACCAUCUGAAGUAAAUACUCUUUUGGAAUCCCAACUUGAAAGCAAUGAUGUGACUUCAAUUGAGCAAACCCACACUGUCUAUGACUCCAUUGGGAAAAGAAGAAAAAUGGGAUCCACUCGUAGAAUAAAAGGAAGACAGCGUGACAAGGAAUUUAAAGAUGAAGAUGCAAUUGGUGAUGAAACCCCUGAAACAACACAAAUGUCAGCAACAGAGGCUACAACACCUGAAGAAUUACUGCAAAGAAAUGAGCAUGAUGUUUCUCUGCCUUUACCACAUGACAGCUCCAGUUUUACAGUGUCUAUACCUGCUUAUUCUCCUGAGGUCCAGAACCCAACAGCAACAAGCCAUCUUGAGAUUAGCUUGAACUGUUUAAUUCCUGAAAGGGAAAACCUUCACGAAAAUCAAGAUGAGCAAGAUUUUAAAGUGGUUUCAGAUAAACCAUUGGACUCUGGGAUGGAAGAAGUGGAUGAAUCUGAAACUGCUCUGCGUGAAGAGGUCAAAGAUGCCAAUCACUCAGAUGAAACUGUCAGGAAAAUGUAUGAAGACGAGGUUGAAAGAACAGAAAUUCAAGAAGUGCUGCAGAAUGAUUUCUCAUCUGAAAAUGUGAUUGAUGAUGCCACAGAAAACUCUUCCUUUACUUCUGGAGACUUAGGCCAAACUGAAAAUAGCAACACUUACCAGUUUCAAGUGAUGGUGCAGAGUCCUGAUGAAUCUGUAACCAAAGUGGAAGUUUCUAUGCCUGAUGACAAACAACCUGAACAGCACUUUGUGACUCAGGAAAACGAGGAAGGUGACAUUUCAGACAGCAAAGGUGGUGGAGUCUCUCCACAAUCUCCAAUCUCAUUAGGAACUGCACCUUUUGAGUCCCAACUUCAGGACAAUACUGUGAGCACAGAUAAGCAAUCCCAUGCAGUCACUGAAUCCAGGGGAAAUAGAAGAAAAAUGGGAUCCACUCGUAGAAUAAAAGGAAGACAGCAUGAUAAGGAAUUUAAAGAUGAAGAUGCAAUUGGUGAUGAAACCCCUGAAACAAUAGAAAUGUCAGCAACAGAAGCUACAAGACCUGAAGAAUUACUGCAAGAAAAUGAGCGUGAUGUGUCUCUGUCUUUGCCACAUGACACCACCAUGUUCAAAGUGUCUACACGUGCUUAUUCUCUUAGCAUCCAGAGCCCACCUGCAAAGAGCUAUUCUGAGAUUAGCCUGGACAGUUUAAUUUCUGAAAGCGAAAACCUUAAGGAAGAUAAAAAUCAGACAACCUUUAAUGUGAUUUCAGAUAAACCAUUGGAUUCUGUGAUGGAAGAAGUGGUUAAAUCUGAAACUGCUCUGACUGAAGAAGUCAAAGAUCCUCAUCACCCUGAUGGCAACCAAGCUAAGCAGCACUUUGUGACUCAGGAAAUUAAGGGAGGUGAUGUUCCAGAUACUAAAGACAGUGGAGUCCCUCUACAAACUCAACUCUUAUUAGCAACUGCACCUUUUGAGUCCCAACUUCAGGACAAUACUCUGAGCACAGAUAAGCAAUCCCAUGCAGUCACUGAAUCCAGGGGAAAUAGAAGAAAAAUGGGAUCCACUCGUAGAAUAAAAGGAAGACAGCGUGACAAGGAAUUUAAAGAUGAAGAUGCAAUUGGUGAUGAAACCCCUGAAACAACACAAAUGUCAGCAACAGAGGCUACAAGACCUGAAGAAUUACUGCAAAGAAAUGAGCAUGACAUUUCUCUGUCUUUGCCACAAGACACCUCCAUGUUUAAAGUGUCUACACCUGCUUAUUCUCUUGACAUCCAGAGCCCACCUGCAAAGAGCUAUUCUGAGAUUAGCCUGGACAGUUUAAUUUCUGAAAGCGAAAACCUUAAGGAAGAUAAAAAUCAGACAACCUUUAAUGUGAUUUCAGAUAAACCAUUGGAGUCUGUGAUGGAAGAAGUGGUUAAAUCUGAAACUGCUCUGACUGAAGAAGUCAAAGAUCCUCAUCACCCUGAUGGCAACCAAGCUAAGCAGCACUUUGUGACUCAGGAAAUUAAGGGAGGUGAUGUUCCAGAUACUAAAGACAGUGGAGUCCCUCUGCAAACUCAACUCUUAUUAGCAACUCCACCUUUUGAGUCCCAACUUCAGGACAAUACUCUGAGCACAGAUAAGCAAUCCCAUGCAGUCACUGAAUCCAGGGGAAAUAGAAGAAAAAUGGGAUCCACUCGUAGAAUAAAAGGAAGACAGCGUGACAAGGAAUUUAAAGAUGAAGAUGCAAUUGGUGAUGAAACCCCUGAAACAACAGAAAUGUCAGCAACAGAGGCUACAACACCUGAAGAAUUACUGCAAAGAAACGAGCAUGAUGUUUCUCUGCCUUUACCACAUGACAGCUCCAGUUUUACAGUGUCUAUACCUGCUUAUUCUCCUGAGGUCCAGAACCCAACAGCAACAAGCCAUCUUGAGAUUAGCUUGAACUGUUUAAUUCCUGAAAGGGAAAACCUUCACGAAAAUCAAGAUGAGCAAGAUUUUAAAGUGGUUUCAGAUAAACCAUUGGACUCUGGGAUGGAAGAAGUGGAUGAAUCUGAAACUGCUCUGCGUGAAGAGGUCAAAGAUGCCAAUCACUCAGAUGAAACUGUCAGGAAAAUGUAUGAAGAUGAGGUUGAAAGAGCAGAAAUUCAAGAAGUGCUGCAGAAUGAUUUCUCAUCUGAAAAUGUGAUUGAUGAUGCCACAGAAAACUCUUCCUUUACUUCUGGAGACUUAGGCCAAACUGAAAAUAGCAACACUUACCAGUUUCAAGUGAUGGUGCAGAGUCCUGAUGAAUCUGUAACCAAAGUGGAAGUUUCUAUGCCUGAUGACAAACAACCUGAACAGCACUUUGUGACUCAGGAAAACGAGGAAGGUGACAUUUCAGACAGCAAAGGUGGUGGAGUCUCUCCACAAUCUCCAACCUCAUUAGGAACUCCACCUUUUGAGUCCCAACUUCAGGACAAUACUGUGAGCACAGAUAAGCAAACCCAUGCUGUCACCGAAUCCAGGGGAAAUAGAAGAAAAAUGGGAUCCACUCGUAGAAAUAAAGGAAGACAGCAUGAUAAGGAAUUUAAAGAUGAAGAUGUAAUUGGUGAUGAAACCCCUGAAACAACACAAAUGUCAGCAACAGAGGCUACAAGACCUGAAGAAUUACUGCAAAGAAAUGAGCAUGACGUUUCUCUGUCUUUGCCACAAGACACCUCCAUGUUUAAAGUGUCUACACCUGCUUAUUCUCCUGACAUCCAGAGCCCACCUGCAAAGAGCUAUUCUGAGAUUAGCCUGGACAGUUUAAUUUCUGAAAGCGAAAACCUUAAGGAAGAUAAAAAUCAGACAACCUUUAAUGUGAUUUCAGAUAAACCAUUGGAGUCUGUGAUGGAAGAAGUGGUUAAAUCUGAAACUGCUCUGACUGAAGAAGUCAAAGAUCCUCAUCACCCUGAUGGCAACCAAGCUAAGCAGCACUUUGUGACUCAGGAAAUUAAGGGAGGUGAUGUUCCAGAUACUAAAGACAGUGGAGUCCCUCUGCAAACUCAACUCUUAUUAGCAACUCCACCUUUUGAGUCCCAACUUCAGGACAAUACUCUGAGCACAGAUAAGCAAUCCCAUGCAGUCACUGAAUCCAGGGGAAAUAGAAGAAAAAUGGGAUCCACUCGUAGAAUAAAAGGAAGACAGCGUGACAAGGAAUUUAAAGAUGAAGAUGCAAUUGGUGAUGAAACCCCUGAAACAACAGAAAUGUCAGCAACAGAGGCUACAACACCUGAAGAAUUACUGCAAAGAAACGAGCAUGAUGUUUCUCUGCCUUUACCACAUGACAGCUCCAGUUUUACAGUGUCUAUACCUGCUUAUUCUCCUGAGGUCCAGAACCCAACAGCAACAAGCCAUCUUGAGAUUAGCUUGAACUGUUUAAUUCCUGAAAGGGAAAACCUUCACGAAAAUCAAGAUGAGCAAGAUUUUAAAGUGGUUUCAGAUAAACCAUUGGACUCUGGGAUGGAAGAAGUGGAUGAAUCUGAAACUGCUCUGCGUGAAGAGGUCAAAGAUGCCAAUCACUCAGAUGAAACUGUCAGGAAAAUGUAUGAAGAUGAGGUUGAAAGAACAGAAAUUCAAGAAGUGCUGCAGAAUGAUUUCUCAUCUGAAAAUGUGAUUGAUGAUGCCACAGAAAACUCUUCCUUUACUUCUGGAGACUUAGGCCAAACUGAAAAUAGCAACACUUACCAGUUUCAAGUGAUGGUGCAGAGUCCUGAUGAAUCUGUAACCAAAGUGGAAGUUUCUAUGCCUGAUGACAAACAACCUGAACAGCACUUUGUGACUCAGGAAAACGAGGAAGGUGACAUUUCAGACAGCAAAGGUGGUGGAGUCUCUCCACAAUCUCCAACCUCAUUAGGAACUCCACCUUUUGAGUCCCAACUUCAGGACAAUACUGUGAGCACAGAUAAGCAAACCCAUGCUGUCACCGAAUCCAGGGGAAAUAGAAGAAAAAUGGGAUCCACUCGUAGAAAUAAAGGAAGACAGCAUGAUAAGGAAUUUAAAGAUGAAGAUGUAAUUGGUGAUGAAACCCCUGAAACAACACAAAUGUCAGCAACAGAGGCUACAAGACCUGAAGAAUUACUGCAAAGAAAUGAGCAUGACGUUUCUCUGUCUUUGCCACAAGACACCUCCAUGUUUAAAGUGUCUACACCUGCUUAUUCUCCUGACAUCCAGAGCCCACCUGCAAAGAGCUAUUCUGAGAUUAGCCUGGACAGUUUAAUUUCUGAAAGCGAAAACCUUAAGGAAGAUAAAAAUCAGACAACCUUUAAUGUGAUUUCAGAUAAACCAUUGGAGUCUGUGAUGGAAGAAGUGGUUAAAUCUGAAACUGCUCUGACUGAAGAAGUCAAAGAUCCUCAUCACCCUGAUGGCAACCAAGCUAAGCAGCACUUUGUGACUCAGGAAAUUAAGGGAGGUGAUGUUCCAGAUACUAAAGACAGUGGAGUCCGCCUGCAAACUCAACUCUUAUUAGCAACUGCACCUUUUGAGUCCCAACUUCAGGACAAUACUCUGAGCACAGAUAAGCAAUCCCAUGCAGUCACUGAAUCCAGGGGAAAUAGAAGAAAAAUGGGAUCCACUCGUAGAAUAAAAGGAAGACAGCGUGACAAGGAAUUUAAAGAUGAAGAUGCAAUUGGUGAUGAAACCCCUGAAACAACACAAAUGUCAGCAACAGAGGCUACAACACCUGAAGAAUUACUGCAAAGAAACGAGCAUGAUGUUUCUCUGCCUUUACCACAUGACAGCUCCAGUUUUACAGUGUCUAUACCUGCUUAUUCUCCUGAGGUCCAGAACCCAACAGCAACAAGCCAUCUUGAGAUUAGCUUGAACUGUUUAAUUCCUGAAAGGGAAAACCUUCACGAAAAUCAAGAUGAGCAAGAUUUUAAAGUGGUUUCAGAUAAACCAUUGGACUCUGGGAUGGAAGAAGUGGAUGAAUCUGAAACUGCUCUGCGUGAAGAGGUCAAAGAUGCCAAUCACUCAGAUGAAACUGUCAGGAAAAUGUAUGAAGAUGAGGUUGAAAGAACAGAAAUUCAAGAAGUGCUGCAGAAUGAUUUCUCAUCUGAAAAUGUGAUUGAUGAUGCCACAGAAAACUCUUCCUUUACUUCUGGAGACUUAGGCCAAACUGAAAAUAGCAACACUUACCAGUUUCAAGUGAUGGUGCAGAGUCCUGAUGAAUCUGUAACCAAAGUGGAAGUUUCAACUCCUGAUGACAAACAACCUGAACAGCACUUUGUGACUCAGGAAAACGAGGAAGGUGACAUUUCAGACAGCAAAGGUGGUGGAGUCUCUCCACAAUCUCCAACCUCAUUAGGAACUCCACCUUUUGAGUCCCAACUUCAGGACAAUACUGUGAGCACAGAUAAGCAAACCCAUGCUGUCACCGAAUCCAGGGGAAAUAGAAGAAAAAUGGGAUCCACUCGUAGAAAUAAAGGAAGACAGCAUGAUAAGGAAUUUAAAGAUGAAGAUGUAAUUGGUGAUGAAACCCCUGAAACAACACAAAUGUCAGCAACAGAGGCUACAAGACCUGAAGAAUUACUGCAAAGAAAUGAGCAUGACGUUUCUCUGUCUUUGCCACAAGACACCUCCAUGUUUAAAGUGUCUACACCUGCUUAUUCUCUUGACAUCCAGAGCCCACCUGCAACGAGCUAUUCUGAGAUUAGCCUGGACAGUUUAAUUUCUGAAAGUGAAAACCUUAAGGAAGAUAAAAAUCAGACAACCUUUAAUGUGAUUUCAGAUAAACCACUGGAAUCUGUGAUGGAAGAAGUGAUUAAAUCUGAAACUGCUCUGACUGAAGAAGUCAAAGAUCCUCAUCACCCUGAUGGCAACCAAGCUAAGCAGCACUUUGUGACUCAGGAAGUCAAGGGAGGUGAUGUUCCAGAUACUAAAGACAGUGGAGUCCCUCUGCAAACUCAACUCUCAUUAGCAACUGCACCUUUUGAGUCCCAACUUCAGGACAAUACUCUGAGCACAGAUAAGCAAUCCCAUGCAGUCACUGAAUCCAGGGGAAAUAGAAGAAAAAUGGGAUCCACUCGUAGAAUAAAAGGAAGACAGCGUGACAAGGAAUUUAAAGAUGAAGAUGCAAUUGGUGAUGAAACCCCUGAAACAACAGAAAUGUCAGCAACAGAGGCUACAACACCUGAAGAAUUACUGCAAAGAAACGAGCAUGAUGUUUCUCUGCCUUUACCACAUGACAGCUCCAGUUUUACAGUGUCUAUACCUGCUUAUUCUCCUGAGGUCCAGAACCCAACAGCAACAAGCCAUCUUGAGAUUAGCUUGAACUGUUUAAUUCCUGAAAGUGAAAACCUUCACGAAAAUCAAGAUGAGCAAGAUUUUAAAGUGGUUUCAGAUAAACCAUUGGACUCUGGGAUGGAAGAAGUGGAUGAAUCUGAAACUGCUCUGCGUGAAGAGGUCAAAGAUGCCAAUCACUCAGAUGAAACUGUCAGGAAAAUGUAUGAAGACGAGGUUGAAAGAACAGAAAUUCAAGAAGUGCUGCAGAAUGAUUUCUCAUCUGAAAAUGUGAUUGAUGAUGCCACAGAAAACUCUUCCUUUACUUCUGGAGACUUAGGCCAAACUGAAAAUAGCAACACUUACCAGUUUCAAGUGAUGGUGCAGAGUCCUGAUGAAUCUGUAACCAAAGUGGAAGUUUCUAUGCCUGAUGACAAACAACCUGAACAGCACUUUGUGACUCAGGAAAACGAGGAAGGUGACAUUUCAGACAGCAAAGGUGGUGGAGUCUCUCCACAAUCUCCAACCUCAUUAGGAACUCCACCUUUUGAGUCCCAACUUCAGGACAAUACUGUGAGCACAGAUAAGCAAACCCAUGCUGUCACCGAAUCCAGGGGAAAUAGAAGAAAAAUGGGAUCCACUCGUAGAAAUAAAGGAAGGCAGCAUGAUAAGGAAUUUAAAGAUGAAGAUGUAAUUGGUGAUGAAACCCCUGAAACAAUAGAAAUGUCAGCAACAGAGGCUACAAGACCUGAAGAAUUACUGCAAGAAAAUGAGCAUGACGUUUCUCUGUCUUUGCCACAAGACACCUCCAUGUUUAAAGUGUCUACACCUGCUUAUUCUCUUGACAUCCAGAGCCCACCUGCAACGAGCUAUUCUGAGAUUAGCCUGGACAGUUUAAUUUCUGAAAGCGAAAACCUUAAGGAAGAUAAAAAUCAGACAACCUUUAAUGUGAUUUCAGAUAAACCAUUGGAGUCUGUGAUGGAAGAAGUGGUUAAAUCUGAAACUGCUCUGACUGAAGAAGUCAAAGAUCCUCAUCACCCUGAUGGCAACCAAGCUAAGCAGCACUUUGUGACUCAGGAAAUCAAGGGAGGUGAUGUUCCAGAUACUAAAGACAGUGGAGUCCCUCUACAAACUCAACUCUUAUUAGCAACUGCACCUUUUGAGUCCCAACUUCAGGACAAUACUCUGAGCACAGAUAAGCAAUCCCAUGCGGUCACCGAAUCCAGGGGAAAUAGAAGAAAAAUGGGAUCCACUCGUAGAAUAAAAGGAAGACAGCGUGACAAGGAAUAUAAAGAUGAAGAUGCAAUUGGUGAUGAAACCCCUGAAACAACAGAAAUGUCAGCAACAGAGGCUACAACACCUGAAGAAUUACUGCAAGAAAACAAGCAUGAUCUUUCUCUGUCUGUGCCAUAUCGUGAAAAUUCCCUUAAAAAUCAAAAUGAUGGAGAUCCUAAAGUGAUUUAUGAUAAACCAGUGCAGGCUGGGAUGGAAGAAGUCAAAAAAGAUCAGCACAUAAAACUUUUACGGCAGGAUGGAAGUUUAGCCAGCAAUAUUUUGUUAAGUGGAACAACAGAAUGUACCAUUACAGUUGAGAAAACAACUGACCAAUCUAGCCCAAGAGAAAGCACUGAAGUUCAAUGCAGUGUUGCACAAGAAACAUUUUUAGCAUCUCAAAAUGUCUUGACUAGAAAUAGGGAACAACAUGAGCAUUGCAACCCAACUGAGGUCACCAAAGCUAACCAGUCAGAGAGUUCAUCAAUGCAUCAGACUGACUACAGCUCAAGUACAGAGAGUCACCAAACACCCUUAUCUGAAACAAAUAUCUCUUUGGACUUCUACUAUCAGGAUAAUUCUCAGGACAUUACAGAAAUUCACACAGGCCUCAGCCGUACAGGGAAUAGAAAGAAAAUGGGUUCAAGCCGAAGAAAUAAAGGAAGACAGUGUGUCAAGGACCCUGAUGCAUACCAGGAACCUAAAGAUGACAUUUUAGAAAAACCCACAAGUAAUGACAAACUCAGAACAGUUGAAAUGUCACCAGCAACAGAUAUAACAAAGGAGGAAGAAGAAAAAGACCUCAUAUCCAUGGACAAAGAAGUGCAGAUUAGCUCAACAGCAAAAGAAGGCAAAAGUAAAGAAAAGUUGUUGGAGGAAGAUGCAUUUUUCUCACAGAAUAAUAUGGAUAGCAAUACAGAUGGACUUCUCAAAUCUAACAAAGAUUUCAAUGAGGAAAAUAAAGUUGUUCAAGAUGCUAUGAAUUUAGAUCAGCUUACAGGAUGUGACACAAUUACAAAGCACCUGAUGCAAUCACCACAAGCCUCAGUUUGUGAAGUUCCCUCAGACAUGCAGCAUAUCUCGUAUCAUGCUGGCAUCGAAGGCUCUAGCUCUCUGAAGGUGCUUGAUAAAGAAGAAGCGUUGGAGGCAAUGGAUGCAAGCAAUGGCCAGCAAGAACAAACUCAAUCAGGUAACAGAAUUACUUUGCAAAUAAAUCCAAAACAGAAGAAGAGAAAGAUAGGUUCUACUCGCAGGAGUCAACUCAACAGAAAAAAAGAGGAAGAAACAGACAACACAGAUGAAACCAAAGAAAGUGACUUUCACACCGAAGCUGACGUGAGGAAUAUUGACAAGAUGGACGUGGGAGAGUUACCGUUAACUACAGAUAUACCACAAAAUGAAACUGCACAACCGUUAUUCUCUGCUGUUCAUAAACAACAGGAAGCUGAUGAAACCUUUUCUGUACCAAGCAGUACAGAGAUCAAUGUGAUACCAGUAGUAGAAGAUUUUAAGGCCCCUCUUCCUGAACAGUCUUCCUCUCUCCGUGAAGAAACUAUCGGUCUGGUUACAUGCGUUAUCACAGGUGGUGUAAGAGAAGUUAUUGUGGAGCCGCCACAGCUAGACAAUUUUACAAACACUGAGACUCAAAUAACCACUGUGGUCACGGGUAGAAGCAGACGCUCCAUAAAUCAGUUGCUGCCCCCAAAUACCGAGGCUGCCACAGACACUGGCAUAGCAGAAGAGAGCUUAGUGUCUUCUGGUGAGGCCAGGCAAAAUACACAUAGCGAUGAGGAAAGGCCAGAGAGCAUAAAAGUAGUACAAGAUCAAGAUGCUAGUGAGAAAAAUCCAAGCAACUUGAAUGAAUUAGCUCAUAAUAAAACUCAAGAGAUGAGGAGUGAAAGUCCAAAUUUACAUUUGAGCAACCGGAGAAGAAAGAUGGGCUCCACCCGCAGGAAUCUUGGAUCCAGAAACAAAGAAGAGCUGCAUCAAAAACAGGAGGUGGAUAACGAAGCGAAGGAGACUGGAACAGACAUCGGGGAAACUGAAAGUGUCUCCAGAAUCAAAGAAGAAGCACUUCAGCUUCACACAGAUCACAAAAACAAUGAUGGCGACCAAGGAAAACAGAAAGUAUUUGAAACAGUGGAAAUCAGCCCUCCGGGUCAGUCUAAAUUCAAACCUCUGCCUGAGCAAACAGUUGAAGAGAGGCCUGUUUCCCAAGACCAGCUAGCAGAAACAGAGCAUCACACUGCAAAUGAUCUCCUGUCUACAUCCUUAAAAGAUGAUUUGGUGUCAGAAUCAGCAUCUGGAGGGAGGAGAAGAAAAUUGGGAUCUAACCGAAAGUCCCGUGGACAUCAGCGUAUAGAAGACCAAACAGGAGAGGGCACAAUAAUAGAUGAUCAAAGUGGGACAGAUGCCAGAAUUUCAGAGGUUGGAAAACGUGAUAAGAAACCAUCAUCAGGCCCCUCAAAGAGUGAAGAGCACUCAAAGACUGUGAGUGAGAAGACUUCAGCCCAACCUUGUAAUGCUGGAAUCUUUCCUAGUAAAGAGAAUCAAACAUUUUCUCUGGUUGAUAAUCCGGGAGUGGUAGACUCCAAAUCAAAGCGCUACAAUGUGGUGAUGAUUGGAGACAGCAGUGUGGGAAAGACCUCCUUCAUGAAAAGAGCUCAAAGUGGGAAGUUUUCUUUAGAUAUACCUGCCUCAAUCGGCCUGGAUUCGCUGAUGUGGCCUGUUGUAGUAGAUGGAAAGCCUAUGAUACUACAGCUAUGGGACACAGCAGGUCAAGAAAGGUUUCACAGUAUCACUAAACAGGUCUUCCACAGAGCCCAGGCCUUUCUCUUGAUGUAUGACAUCACCUCCACCAAUAGUUUUUCCGCAGUCAGUUACUGGGCAAACUGUAUUCAGGAGUCUGCUGCUGAAAAUGUGACUGUUUUGCUUCUUGGAAACAAGAGCGACUGUUCUGAACGACGGGUUAAAACUCAUCAGGGGGAAAUUCUUGCUAAGGAAUAUGACUUCGAGUUUAUGGAGUGCAGUGCUGCCACAGGUGAAAACGUGAUCCAGUCUUUGGAAGUUGUAGCCAGGAAGCUGAGUCAAAGAAUUGACUCAAGAGAAGAAGCCACAGUGUUGCACAAAGAGCCAGAACAGAAAAAAAGCUCAAGAUGUUGCUGAACAAAUGUGUUUGUCUUUAAAAAAAAAGAAAAGAAAAAAAAACAAGACAAGUGGUGAAAUCCUGAAAACAAGAACACGCUGUACUCAUCUGGCUUUCUUGUAACUCAGUGCAUUAUAUUAUAUUACUUGUAUUACAUGUCUGCAUAUUUUCAGUGUCGUUAUAUUUAGAUAUACAAUUAUUUCUUCAAAGGCCUUAUAUUAGAAUAGUAGUUUAUAGUUAGUAGUGACCAAAGUUAUAUAGUUAAAAAAGUGAAGGCUUUUUCAGUGUUUGCUUAAUAACUACCCAAUAAUUUAAUGCAUAUACAAGCUUACUGUAUUUAAUUAUAUUUGCACCGUGUGUGUUUUAUCUUGCAAUAUGACAAUUUUUGUGCAAUAUUGUGCAACUUCAAAUAAUUUCAAAUCACAUGAUUGACAUUUUUCCAGAUGAAGCUGUAACAACUAAAAUCACAAGUUUAAGCUUUUAGUUACAAUUUCACAAAGUUCAUCUCUGUUGUUGUACAUCUACUAAAUGUUUAGUCUACACCCUCUUCACUUUAUGGAUUUACUAUACUGAAAUUUAAUGUAAAUGUGUAUAUAGUAUGAUUAAUUUAAACAGGAGAAUACCCCAUUCAGAUAUUUCCAGAGAUCAAGAGAACAUGUGACCUAGAGCAAAUCUAGUACAGUGGUAAAUAAUUAUUAUAUUAAAUAUAUAUUAAACAUAAUUAUACUUGCUUUUUUGUGAUUUUGUUUAGCCUUUCUUCUAAGUUGGCAUUCAUCUUAAUUCAGUCAUCACAACUGUCAGGUCUGACACAUAAUUAUGAAUAAACAUUACUCCCCUAUAAUUAUAGUGCCAGUGACAUGAUCAACAGUUAUAUAUGUAAAUGUAUUUUUAUGUUCCCGUGCAUAUCCUUUGUGACCAAGUAGCUUUAAACCAAUUGUUUUAAUGGCGUGUCUCAUGAUUAAUAAAU